AUGGCCAAAUCCAAGUCAUAUACUAUAGUCAUCAAGCUAGGGACCUCAUCCCUAGUGGAUGAGAAAACCAAAGAACCAAGACUCUCCACAAUGUCCCUCAUAGUGGAAACAGUGGUCAAAUUGAGAAGAGCUGGACAUAAAGUGGUUAUUGUAUCAUCUGGUGGUAUUGCAGUUGGUUUGAAAACUAUGGGAUUGGAUAAGAGACCAAAAAAGCUUUCCCAAGUGCAAGCGUUGGCAGCUAUUGGUCAAAGUAAACUUAUAGGGAGAUGGGACUCCUUAUUUGGUCAGUUGAAUCAAAGAAUUGCACAAAUUUUAAUCACAAGAAAUGAUAUAUCUGACUGGACCCAAUAUAAAAAUGCACAAAACACAAUGAAUGAAUUGUUAAGUAUGGGUGUUGUUCCAAUUGUUAAUGAAAAUGACACUUUGUCCGUUGCAGAAAUUAAAUUUGGUGAUAAUGAUACAUUAUCUGCAAUUACAGCUGCUUUAAUCAAUGCUGAUUAUUUGAUACUAAUGACUGAUGUUGAUUGUUUAUAUACGGAUAAUCCAAGAUCUAAUCCAGAAGCUAAGCCAAUCCUCGUGGUGGAGGAUAUUAAUGAAUUGAAAGUGAAUACUUCAAGUGGUGGUAGCGAUGUUGGUACUGGUGGUAUGACUACCAAAUUGAUCGCUGCAGAAUUGGCUACAGAAGCAGGUACUACUACAAUCAUUAUGAAGUCCAGUCAACCUGAAAACAUGUGGAAGAUUGUACAACACAUUCAAGAUCAUGAUGUGGAUUAUAAAGAUGAGGAUGGGAAUGCUUUAGAAUUGGAUGAUGUUCAAACGGGAGAAUUAAAAGAAUUGAAAUUGAAUGAUGUCCCAUUACAUACAAGAUUUAUCGGUAAGGAUAAACACGUCAAAAAUAGAGAAUUUUGGAUGUUGCAUGGUUUACAGACUCAUGGUACAAUAAUAAUAGAUAAAGGUGCGCAUAGUGCUCUAACAAGAAGUAAUAAAGCUGGUUUAUUACCAGUGGGAAUCAUAGACGUUGUUGGUACAUUCCAUGAUCAUGAAUGUGUAUCCAUUAAAGUUGGUUCAAGGUUACCUAAUGGAGAAUUGGAUACUAAAGAACCAUUACUAGAAAUCGGUAGAGCAAGAGUGAAUUAUUCAUCCACUGAAAUUGAAAAGAUAAAAGGUGCUCACAGUCAACAAAUUGAAGAAAUUUUAGGUUAUGCUGAUUCCGAAUACGUUGCACAUAGAGAUAAUUUAGCAUUCCCACCAAGCGUCUUAGAGAGUACACAAUCACAUGAACAUAUGGUUCCAAAUCUCAGAUAG